GGCGCGCACGCGUGUGCACAAUGUAUACAGAGAUAUAGAUUGCUUCUGCCGUUGAGAGCUGAAGCUGCUGCAUGUUAGUCCGCCCUAUCCUCCUCGCGCAACAUCAAGAGAUUAUGUAGAAAGUGAAAACCGAAGCCCUGACCGUGUCAAUAGCGUCGGGGGCGUUUGAGUGCCGAAGAAAAGGGUGACCCGCCAAUUUGUUUAUAACAACGCGGACUUGUUCGUGUCGCACAAAUUCUACGCCAAAGCAAAAGAUCGUUUUUGCAACAGCAGUGAAAAAUAUGGCGGAUCAAUCUGACAGGAGCCACCUGCCACCCGGCUGGGAAUGCAGAUACGAUGGCAGAAGCGGUCGCGCAUAUUUCAUUAAUCACUUCAAUCGUUCAACUACAUGGGAAGACCCUAGACUGCGAUAUUGGCAGUAUGCACAAUAUAUACAAUCACAGAACUCCACUACUCCAAGUUCUGGAACUACAGAUCACCCCAGUGAAUCCAUUCCUCUGCAGAUCAGUGGGAAUACCACUGCAGGCCAUAUAGUCUAUUCCGGAGCUCACAAAGCUCCACAAGUCUAUCCAUCUCCUUCACCUUUUCGUAAUCCACAGCCUGCAUUUUUACCUCCAAGUCUGCAGGACCUCAAGACACCACUGUCUACCACGAGAUCUGUGAGCGGAUUGACUAAUAGACUAGGUGACAUGACAAUCGGAUCUCCAACUCCCACAAGGACUCUUGAAACUAGCUUGAUUGUAAAUGAUGACGUUGAAAUACAUGUUGCUAAGCUCAGUGCCAUGUUUCCAACAGUUUCUGAAACUCAUAUCCGUCUGCUUUUGAAGAAAUAUCAUAACAGGCCAGCCUUGGUCGUGAGCGCCCUGCAAAUAGAGAAGAAUCCACUGUGCCAGCCAGGUCCUUGUACGCCUAUCGGCGUGCAUUCCAGCUAUGCGAUACAACCGAAGUGGCGACUCUCACCUGCAAUUCAUGCGGCCCUUACUCUUAGUCCACCCAGAGGCAUUCUGCCAGCCCCACAUUCCCCCAAAAUGAAACUUAGGUACCUGAAAAGUCUAUUUCCUAAGGCAGAUGAAUACAUCAUUCUGGAUGCAUUAGAACAAUGUGAUAAUAGCAUUCAGAAAACUGCGGAAAAUUUGAUGGAGCUUGGUUAUGAAAAGCGAAAUCCAUUGGCCAUGGCAAAAUCGCCAAUAAAAAAGAAAGAAGAGGACGAAGGAAAAAUAAUUGAAAUAACCCCUCCAGCUCCCACGCCACCUCCUCGUAUGAAAACUUUGGAAGAAAAGAAUAAAAUGAAAAAACGAUUAAUGAAUAAGUUUAAAGAAGUGCCAGAAAAAGUCAUAUUGUUAGCUAUGGAUAGUGUAGACUACGAUGAAGCAAGAGCAGCACACAUAUUAGACAUUAUGGUUGCAGAGGAAGCCAUAAAACCACUAAAUACGUCCAGUAGUCAGAGUAGCAGUAAAAGUGAUGAUAAGAAAGAUAGCCCUCCAGUAACCGAAGCACUUAAAUUUAGCGCCUCGCCAAUCAAGAGAGUAUCGAAUAAAGAUACGGAUCCCGAAAAAUCUAAGCGGCCAAAAAAUAAAACGGAAGUUCCAAAAGUAUCGCGCGGAACUAGUACAGCGGAAGAUAGUGAUUAUAAGUCAAAAUACGUAAGUAGGCCGGUUGGUCCUAAUCCUGAUCUACCAAAAGGAGCUAACAAUGACUUACUUUUGCCUGAUUAUGCACCUUGGUCAGGGCCAGAUCCGACGUUAUUGUCGAAAAUAAGCGUACGGAAUUCAUCAACCGGAAAAAUAGUAAACUUAGCAAAAGGUAGUUCGCAUCUGGCGAGAGGAGCGAAUACGGACCUCCGGAAAGGUCCAAUGAGGGGGCUAGCUCAGGGUUCAAUUUAUUCUCAAAGAAACUCGACUAAUGCAGAAAGUCGUGGAAAAUGAAACACGUAUAGCUGUUAUUUUUAGCUCAUCUACAUUGGUUAAUUUAGUUAUGCUUGAGUAUUCGUAAUAAUUACGUUUUUAUAUUCUUUCUCCAUGAUUGUAAAAAAAUGUAUUCCUUUUUACGUUUUUACUUAUUGGAACUGUUGAAACGUGAGGUACUAUGUAGUAUAUAUAGUAUUACGAAUUGUGUGUAAAGUGUUGGUCAAUGCAUCAGUAUUACGAAAUGUUGUGAUUUUGAUAAUGCGGAAAUACGAAAUUUUAUAGGAUAGAUAUUAAAAUUUCCUAUGUAUUCUAGGUGAAUAUUAUGAAAAUAAUGAUAUUCUUGUGAAGAUUCAAUUCUUGUCCAAUUAUGUGGAUUUUUUAAUGAUAUGAAGUAGAAGAAGUUUUUGAAAUUAUGAUUAAUUGUUUUUCAUGUCUUUUUUUAAAAGUAUUGUUAUUGUAUCAUUGAAUAUGGAUUUUAAUAUUUAAUUAUGUGUUUGUACUAUAAUACAAUUAGUUUUUUUAAUUCUGUUUGUUGAAAAUCAAUUUUUUGAAAUAGAAGCAUGAAGUAAGAAUACUUAAAAAGAAAAGAAAAAAAGGCAAAAAAAUUAGUUAUAGAGCAAUAGUGACUUUGAUUAUGUGUGAUCAAGAAAUAUUCUAUCAUUUAGUAUGCCAUAAUCGACAAAUGAUAUGAACAUAAAGCAAUAAAAGCUACUAAUAUUCUUACAAACACCAAAAUUAAAAAAAGUACAUCGGACGUAGUUGAUAAAAACCACUAUAAAAAUAUAAAAACUUUUAUGACUCAAAAAAUUGUUUGUAUUUAGUUUACAAAAGUAUUUUAAGCAAUUAAAAUAUUUUUUGUUUGAGAAAUAAAUUUCAACUGUUAUGUAAAUAUUUUAAACAUUUUAUGAAAUGUUUAAAAUUUUACAGUGAAUUGAAAGCAGUUUUUGUUUUAUUUUCAUAUCAAAUCAUUAUUGUAGUGUGAUAUUGAUAUUAAUAAUUUAUAACUUCAAGACAUGUGCAAUAGAUAGCUGUAAUUUAUUCUUAUCUAUAAGAAUCCACAUAGCUUAUCUGUUUUAUUAAACUUCAUGUUUCUCUUUGCUGGAUUACCGAUGACAUUUAAAUUCAAUUUAGAAUAAUAACAAUAUUAAAAUUAAUGAAAUCAAAUAGUUUCGAAGUAAACAGUAAAUUUUAGAAGUACUGUAGAAUUGACAAAGCCUUAGUAAUUAGUUACUUUUAAACAACUUUGUCGUAAUCUUCAUAAAGAUUCAAGUUGGAGAAAAUUCAUUGCAAAUGCAACAAGCAGGGAAAACGUAAAUAUUUUUAGCGAUCAGUGCCAUAUAUUCCUCGAAAAGAUCAAUGCUCUCGCGUAACGUCCAUAUGUUAAGAGUAAUAGGAACUUUGUCAUUUGUAAUAAUCAAACAAUUAAAACGCAAAGUAAAACUCUAAUAAAUUGUUCCGAAAGUUUCCAGAAAAUAUAAUAUGAAUGUUAUUUUUCAUAUAAAUUCGUAAAUAAACAAUCAUUUGCUACAGUAAUUUGAUUUGAAUAAAAAGUAUUUCCGUGAAAACAAUUUUUCAUGCACACUUUUAACUAUUGACAAAGUCAACUUUAACUAAGAGGAAACAAAUUUUCACUUGUCAUAUAUACCGACAAUGAUUACAUAUUUUACUGUUAAAUGCUAAAAAUUAUUUUCUGGAGAUAUAACAAUUUUAAACUAUACAUCUUUUCCGUAAAAUUUAACGUUGCUUAUGCUUGUAAUUUGUACAUUUUGAAUAUAAAAAUAUUUUCAUAUAGCUUCAACCAAGAUAAUCCUGCCUUCAAAGUAAACCUAAAGUAUGUGAAUACAGAAAUAAUAACAGAUAGGCUGUGGCUGACGAGAUAGUUAAGAGCUAUUUUUAUAGCUUUUUAACUUUCAAAGUAACUAGGAUGGAUAAAAAUAUAUAUUUUGACUACAUUUUGAACUAAAGACUUAAUUGUAAAUGAUCUGAAGCGUCCAUUUGAUUGUCAGACUAAUAAGUCUGUAAGUAAGAAAUCGUUGAGAUAUAGUAUUACUACUGUUUAGAAAUAUUUAGUGUAUAUUAAGAAUAUAAAUAGUAUUACAUUGAUAGAUAAAUCAAUACCUUUUUUAUUUAAAAAAAAUGUCGAGUAUACUAAUUGUAAAAAAAUUAAUUUCAAAAUUUGUAUAUGUUGAAUUAUGAAUAUAUGUCAAAAAGUUAUACUCAAUGAAAUUUUACUUUCAAUUAUAUCAAUCAAAAUAACAUGAAAUUGUAAAUUAGAAUAAAUGGAUGAGUAUUUUAAAUAAGAUGUUUUUAAAUGUUCUGAUUAUUAUUAUCAUUGUUGAUUAGUUUAUAAUUUUUAUACAACAUUUUUAGAAUUUUUUUAAAAAUACAAUUAGUAACAAUGACAUUCGUCCUGUAAAAAGACAAAUCAAGUACUGUCAACUAUUUUUCAUAUUACCCGUUGCUCAAAUAUUUCAUUCGAUACAAUAGGUUUUAUAUAAGUGAAGUUCAAUUAUACAUUCCAUGGUAGCUAAAAUAGUAUAUUCCAGAGUACUUACAAGUAGAAAACAGCGUUAACCAAAAUAAAAAAAAAAAAUUGCGAUA